AUGGCUCCCACCGGCGCGAGCUCCAUUUCGGAGCUCUACAAAUCCUACAAGAAGUUGACGAACUGCUUCUUGAGCUGGCUCUGGUGCCAGCAUCGACUCAAAGCAUCCAGCGACUGCAGCCUGAAUUUCAGAUCCACCAUCGACAUUCUGAAAACAGCCAAGGUUUUGCAAAAGGCCAAGACCACCGUCCCAACCUCCGUGAUCGGUUUCCUCCGAAGUGCCAUAGACAAGCGCAAGCUUGUGGCUGGCAUUUACCAGCACUUUGGCGCCGGUCACGAUGGACACGACGCGUUCAAUGACAGACUCGAGGAAGUUCUUUCCACACUCACUCCUCUGAUGGAGGUAUUGCCAGCUCCUCUGAUGGACACCCCCGACGCAGAAAAUUUGGCGUCAUACAACCGGUUCUCUCACCUCCCGACGGUCGAGUCUGAGCCUGACGACCAGAACGUCUCCGUCGAAAUCGGCCACAAGCAUUCUGGCUCGCCUUUGUCCUCUUCUCAUACCACGAAUCAAGCGAACAAGUCUGACCCGCCGUCCGACUUUUACUUGGAAGACGAUCACAUCCGGGAGUUAUUUGACGCGGCCUACUUCCUGAUAGAGCUGGACAGAGUGUACACACUAGUCAAGAAAUGCUGGGCCGAUGCAUCCCGCGGCAACAUACCUUUCCCCUUGGCGACGUGGAUGACCAACUUUGCCUUUUGCUCCAUCAGCAAAGGAAUGCCGCCGAAGUUCGUCCAUGUUUGCGUCAACAUGAGUAUCCACCCCGAGUCCACCUGCGAAUUCUUCUCCAAGCUCUCCGACAAGGUCGAUCCGAAGACUUUCCUCUCAGAUGCGCGUCGCUUUUACAUGCUCGCCCAGACCGUAAACGACUACGGCAAGACGCUUUGUGACGCACCAAAGCUCAAUAUCAACAUCAGGAGCUGCAUGAAGGACGAUCCUAAUUGCGAGUGCAAAUUCAGAACCUCUCACGACGAUUUGCCUACUGGCGGUCUCAACGGAGAAGAGCUUUCCGAGUCCGAAAAGGCGACCAUCCGGUUCGUUUUCAACAUUGCACGUGCCGACAUCGAAACACCACGGGCAAUUAGCCUUAACGUGUACUUUCUGGUUGAGAAGUCAGUCACGGCUUCGGACAUCGUCAUCCCACGGUCGCAUUACCGUUCGAUGUCGCACAAUCUGGCCGUGGACAUGCGAAGAAGUGUCAAUCAAGUCUUGGGGACCGUCAAAGUUAUGGCUCCGAACUGUGAGGACGCCACCAUGUGGCAAUGCUUGCUCCUCGAGCUUUGUGAUGGGCUCACAGCCUAUAUCUCCGAGGAAAAGUUCGACACCUACCAUACGUCGCCAUGGACAGCUGGCAGCGAAAUGUUGGAAAUGCUGAACGUGGCUUUUGACUACGGUUUCCGAAUCAACUCGAACUGGGCAGUUAUUUCAGCUACCUUGCAUCUGUACAACGCCAUGCGCCGGUCCAUCGCCGACACCCCGAGAAUACCUGUCUUCGAAGAACUCUCCCAGACGCUCCUGUCAAGCGUCUUUGGGGGAAACUUGCCAGAAAGAAACUUCUGUUCCAUCUUUCGUCGCAUUGUGUACGACAGCAGGGUUGAGAAGACCGACGUUCCGCGUGGCAAAGGAAAGGCGUACCGCCUGGAAGCUGGACUUCUACAGCUGCCGUGUUGGAUGGACAUCCAAUGCCGUUUACUUGACCGUCACGAUUGGAACUACAAUGACAGCAUUCCCUUUCAGGGAGAUGUUCUCGGCAUCCCUUGCCCGUCUGCCACCAGAGAAAAGGCAUUCCACAAGAUCACAGAUGCUCGUGCGAAGCUUACACUCACUGAAUAUCUGGAGAAAGUCAAAGACAUGGUUUCUCUGGACAUUGAGGGACCCCAUCCAAUCGCCCGCAUCAACCUAUUUGAUGUAUUCACCCUGUGCAGCAAAUUCCUCAGCAAGCUGGGUAGCCUCGGCAAAUCGCGCAUACCCAAAGAUGUUUGGUCAUCAUUCGCCCGCGCUCAGCUUAGAAAUGGUCUUGUUGUUGGCCGCUGUGAUGCGGAGUUUUUGAUGGAGGCCAUCGACGAAUGUCCGGAUACCAGACAAGGCCGCCGUAUCCUAGAAAAGCUCUGGCUAACCCGCAAUGCUAUCCAGGCCUUCAAAGAGAUCGACCCGGAGACAACCUUGUCACAACACAUGUGGAAUAUCUGA